AUGCACCCGCCUCUCGGACCUAUCUUGGCUAACAUCUUCAUGGAUAAGCUGGAGAAAUUGCAACUAAGCGAGCAGAUAUAUGAGUUAAAACAGUAUGGUCGGUAUUUUGAUGAUGCCUGCGCCAUCAUCCCAGCAGAAACCGACGAAAAUACGAUUGUAAGUACUGCUUAUCAACCACACCCCUCCAUUAAGUUCAUCUUGGAGCUGGGGACGACAGGUUCGCUUCUCUCCUUAGAUGUCCGAAGGAGGGUUUAUCCUAAGAAAACCUGGUCCGGACAGUACACAAACCUGAACAGAUUUGUACACAUCCAACAGACGCGAAUUGCCGAACACGCGCAGUCGUGCCCCAAAAUGAUGCUAAUUCUCAAGUUGCGGCCCAUUUGA